CAUAUAUAGGCAUGUGUGGCACGGUGACUUUACUUUCACCGUUUGGGUUCCCUCAUCAGUCGAUAUAGCCUCAGCUCCAGCUUGUCCUCUCGUGAGUCAUGAAUGUCCUCGGCCCGCUGUCGUUCCUCAGCCUGGUGCUGGUGCUGUCUGCACCGGGCACUUCUGCCCAGAAGCCCAAACCCUGCGAGGUGCCAGGGCUGAUGAGUGGAGAUUUCACCUUGAUGAACGACAACCAGUUCUUCAUGUCCACCGGAAAGAUGAACUACGACGCUUUCAACCAGCGCAUGUCGCUCAGCAGCUUUGACUUUAACUCCACCGUGUCCGGCAUGAUCAUGCUGUUCCAAGAGAAAGUCUAUUAUGAGAUCUCCUGGGAUGAGGGGACCUGCAAGAAGAGGCCCCUGGAUGCCACCUUCAAUCCCGUCCAGGUGCCCGCUGGUGCUCAGCUGAUGGCCCAACUGUUCAUGGGGAGCUCCUCCAGCUGGGGCAUGGGGGUGCUGGUCAACACGUGGUUCGGACUGCUGCCUCAGGGCAUGUACACCCAUGUCUUCACCGAGGUCGGCUGCAUUCCAAUUAGCUUUAGCAUCGCUAACCAAGAGGGAUGGACCACCCUCAGCACCUUCAACUGGGUGAUCGGCAGCGCACAACCCAUGGAUUUCGUCCCACCCGCGUUCUGUGACGCGGCCCAGCUGGAAGUGUCCGAGAAGCCAGACACCUUCCUCACAGCCGUGAAGUCCCUCACCAAGCCGACCAAGGCAGAGAAUUAAACUCCCUCCUGGGAUUAAUAGAGGUUUAUCUCAUUUUAUCUUAAAUUCUUAAUUUGAUGAAAGUGUCUUUCUUCAAAAUCGAAUUGAAAUAAAUGGUGUACGAAAAAACCUGC